AUGAACGUCCAAAGGAUUGCCAACAGUUACGAUGAUGAAGACAUUUUCGGUCCUGAUGAAGAUUUGGAUGAAAUCGAAGAGAGCCUGUCGGGUCUGAAAAUAGAGAAGAAUGACUUGACGAGUGCUCCUCAUAUACCUGCUCCCAUCAAAGAAAAGGAGAAAUCUUGGGCUCAAAUGGUUGACAUCAACGCUCCAUUCACUGAGUUCAAUGAGCUAGUUCCAGAGCUGGUAUUGCAGUUCCCGUUUGAACUGGAUGACUUUCAAAAGCAUGCUGUUUACCAUCUGGAGAGAGGAGAAUCCGUGCUAGUAGCAGCUCACACAUCUGCUGGAAAGACUGUUGUUGCUGAAUAUGCUAUUGCUUUGGCAAAGAAGCAUCAUACGAGGACACUCUACACAUCUCCCAUCAAAGCUCUUUCGAAUCAAAAGUUUCGUGAUUUCCGUACAAAGUUUGAAGAUGUCGGUAUAUUAACAGGUGAUGUUCAAAUCAACGCGGAAGCAAAAUGUCUGGUCAUGACUACUGAAAUUCUGAGAAGUAUGCUGUACCGUGGAGCGGAUCUGAUACGGGAUGUGGAGUUUGUUGUGUUUGAUGAAGUUCAUUAUAUCAAUGAUAUUGAGCGUGGCGUUGUUUGGGAAGAAGUCAUCAUAAUGCUACCUCCAACCGUCACGAUGAUAUUGCUCUCAGCUACAGUCCCAAAUACACGAGAGUUUGCUGAAUGGCUAGGACGCACGAAACAAAAGAAUGUAUUCGUCAUAUCAACUCCCAAACGACCAGUACCGUUAGAACACUUCUUGUAUGUCAAGAAGGAAACUUACAAGAUUGUUGGUCCUGAUAAGAAAUUCAUCAAUGCUGGAUGGAAGGCGGCAAAUGAUAUCAUCAACCCUCCACCACCACCUAAAAAGCCCGAAGUUCCUACUGGUCGUGGAGACGGUGGUAGAGGAGGUCAACAACAGCGUGGUGGACGAGGGGGUGCAAGAGGAGGCCAACAGCAGCAGCAAGGUCGUGGUGGUGCCGCUCAAGUUCGAGGUCGAGGUGGCUAUAGUGCUGGAAGUGGUGCCAUGUCAUCGCGUGGUCCUACUCCAACUUCAGAUCGUCAAUUGUAUACACAUCUGAUUGGUGGACUAUUGAAAAAGAAGGAAUUGCUACCAGCCAUAGUCUUUGUCUUUUCUCGAAAGAAGGUUGAAGAGUUUGCUGAAAUGUUGAGUAAUAUAGAUUUGACUUCAGGGUCAGCUGAGAAGAGUGAGAUUCAUGUGUUUAUUGAACGGUGCCUGGAAAACCUGAAAGGAACCGACAAGGAGCUUCCUCAAGUUCUGAGAACACGUGAAUUGCUGUCCCGCGGAAUAGCAGUGCAUCAUUCGGGGUUGCUUCCAAUCAUCAAGGAGAUGGUCGAAAUUCUAUUCACCAGAGGUCUCGUCAAGGUUCUGUUUGCUACCGAGACGUUUGCUAUGGGUGUGAAUGCACCAGCUAGGUGUGUUGUCUUUUCAUCAACACGAAAACAUGAUGGUCGUGAAUUUAGAAACCUCAUGCCUGGAGAGUAUACUCAAAUGUCUGGUCGCGCUGGUCGUCGAGGCCUCGAUGAGACUGGCGUUGUGCUGAUUGUGGUGAAUGAUGAGAUGCCCAGUGAACUCUCACUAAAACAAAUGAUACUUGGAACACCAACAAAACUCGAAUCCCAAUUCCGCCUAACAUACAACAUGAUUCUCAAUCUCUUGAGAGUACAGGUGCUACGAGUUGAAGAUAUGAUUCGAAGCUCCUUUUCCGAAAAUGCUGGUCAACAACAAUUACCACAACGACAACGAGAUUUUGAGGAAGCUCAAAAGAUCUUGGCUGGUAUACCUACUCUUCCAUGUCCCAUAUGCUCGAGAGAUUUGAGCAAGUAUUAUGAUCAUUCUUCACGGAUUAUGAGAAUCAAUGAAGAAGUGAGAGAGCGAGUUAUGAAGAGUCCUAUGGGUGCUAAAGUGCUUAUUCCUGGACGUGUUGUUGUGCUCAACAAUCCAUUCCAUCGCCAUGAACUUGGUGUCAUCCUGAUGAAUGCUCCAUCAACCAAUGAUCCUCGAUUCAAGUCUAUGGUGACCGGAUCUUCUGAAGUCAAGAAUUACUUUGUGUUGGUGUUGACCGAAGAUUCUGGUGAUGAAGAAGGAGUGAAAAAGACUAAAGGUACAGGACCAUUACCAGCAGCCCGAUUGAGAAUACCAGAAGGAGAUAAAGUAUCAUAUGAGAAAAUGAUUAUUACUCAUGCUGAUAUCAGUUUUAUGACAAAGAGUCUCAUCAAGGAUAUUGAUGUAGACUUGAUUGUCAAGAAGAAUGAUGAUGAGGAAAUGGAACGUACAGCGUUCAAAUUGUAUGAAGAAGCUCAGAAAUAUAAAUUGGCAGGGGAGGCUACUGAGUAUGACUGGUCGAAGUACAAGGACUUGGAUUUCCAAGAACUCUUGUCUGAAAAGUAUGAUCUAUGGAAGCAGUUGCCACUGUUUGAGUGUAAUGAAUGUGCUGAUAUGGAUGCCCAUUAUGGCAUAAUUCACGAAGAAAAGGAGCUACAAUACAAGAUUGCUGAACUGGCAUACAAGAUAUCUGAUCAGAAUCUAGCGAUGCUGCCAGAAUAUCAUCAACGAGUGGAUGUGCUCAAGGCACUCAACUAUGUUGAUGAACACGGAGUUGUUCAACUCAAGGGUCGUGUUGCAUGUGAAAUCAACACAGCCAAUGAAUUGAUUCUGACCGAGCUGAUAUUGGACAAUGCAUUUGCAGAUUUCGAGCCUGCAGAGACCGUUGCAUUGUUAUCUGCACUGGUUUUCCAAGAGAAGAGUGAUUUCCAACCAAAGUUGAAUGAUAGACUUCAUGAGGGAGUAGAACGAAUUCUAGAUGUUGCAUACAAGAUGUAUGAUGUUCAACGAGAAUUCAAGGUCGAGGGACAAGAUCCAGAAAAAUUGCAAUUUGGACUAGUCCAAGUUGUUUAUGAAUGGGCUAAAGGAACACCCUUCAAGGACAUUACAGAGUUGACUGAUGUUCUGGAGGGAUCAAUUGUGCGCAAUAUUGUGAGGUUGGAUGAAACUUGUCGUGAGGUGCGCGGUGCCGCAAAGUUGAUAGGUGAUGUUGCACUGCAUACGAAGAUGGACGCGGCUAGUGAGAUGAUUAAGCGUGACAUUGUCUUCAGCCCUUCAUUGUAUUUCUAG